AACGAGCCACGAUGCCGCUUUCGCUCGCCUACGAGGUGGAGAUCCCCGGCGUGGACGUCGCCGCGUACGACGCCGCCUGGGCGUCGGACCCGACGAUCACGGUGAACGGCGAGAAGCGGCGCGUCGACGCGUCUAAAGUCACGGGCUCGACGACGCUCCUCGAUUUUCUGCGUUUAGAAUGCGGGCUCACGGGCGCGAAGCUCGGCUGCGGCGAGGGCGGCUGCGGCGCCUGCACGGUCGUCGUGUCGACCUGGGACGUGUCGGCGCGCAAGCCCGUGCACCGCUCCAUCAACGGCUGCCUCGCGCCGGCGCUCUCGUGCGUCGGCGCCGCAGUCACGACCGUCGAGGGCAUGGGCAGCGCGGCGGCCCCGCACCCCAUCCAGAGCGCCCUCGCCGAGGGCCACGGCUCCCAGUGCGGCUUCUGCACGCCGGGCAUCGCCGCGAGCAUGUACGCGUUAAUCACGCCCGAGACGACGGUGGCCGACGUCGAGGAGCACCUCGACGGGAAUCUGUGCCGCUGCACGGGCUACCGGCCCAUCUGGGACGCGGCGAAGCAGCUCUGCGUCGACGCGAAGGACGCGGCGGCGACGAGCCAGCGCCAGGGGACCGUGCCCGCGCUGGAGCGCGGCCACCGGUGCGACACGUCUCGGAAAUGCGCGAACGCGGAGCGGCCGGCGCUGCCCGAGAUCCCCUUCCCGCCGGCGCUGGCGACGCCGCUGGGCGCCUUCCGCUGCGGCGACUUCUGGCGCCCGGGCACCGUCGGCGACGCCUGCGCGCUGAAGAAGCACUUCGGGAGCGCGGCGCGGUUCGUCGUCGGCUGCUCCGAGGUCGCCAUCGAGCAGCGGUUCCGGUCGCGCUACCACGCCCAGUACAUCUCCCUGUCGGGCGUGCCCGCGCUCGUCGGCGUGGCCGCGGACACCGACUGCCUCGUCGUCGGCGGCGCGGCGCCGCUCAACGACGUUGUUGCUGCGUGCCACCUCCACGAGGCCGAGGAGCGCACGGCCGCGGGCCCGCUCCGCGCGGCGGCGCAGCUCCUGCGCUGGUUCGCGUCGACGCAGAUCCGCAACGGCGCGUCGCUCGGCGGCAACCUGGCGACCGCGUCGCCCAUCUCCGACAUGAACCCGCUGCUGGCCGCGUGCCGCGCGACCGUGACCGUCGCGGCGGCCGGCGGCGCCCGGCGCGACCUCGACGCGUCGUCCUUCUUCCUCGGCUACCGCAAGACGAAGCUCCUCGAGGACGAGGUCAUCGAGUCGAUCCGCGUGCCCUACGGCCGGCCCCUGGAGUUCGUGCGGCCCUACAAGCAGAGCCGGCGCCGCGAGGACGACAUCGCCAUCGUCACGUCGACGCUGCGCGUGGUCCUGGCCGAACGCGACGGCGGCUACGUCGUGCAGGAGGCGGCCUUCGCCUUCGGCGGCCUCGCGGCGACGGUGAAGCUCGCGGACGCGACGGCGAAGUGCGUCGUCGGCCGGCGCUUCGACAUGGACCUCUACGACACCGCGGCCAGGGUCCUCGGCGACGAGGUGCGCCUCGGCGCGUCGGCGCCCGGCGGCCAGCCCGAGUACCGCGCGGCGCUCGCCUGCUCCUUCCUCUUCAAGUUCUUCCUCGCGACGUGCGCGGACGUCGGCGUCGCCGUCGACCCGAGAUCCGCGUCGGGCGCGCGGACCUUCGUCGACGCGCCGAAGCCGUCGAUCACGGGCGCCCAGGCCUGGCCCGUGCUCGACCGCGCGGCCAGGGGCCUCGAGGCGACGACCUACGACACGCUCCACCGGGGCGGCGGGCCCCUGGUCUGCGGCGUGUCGAAGAAGCACCAGACCGCGCUGCUCCAGGUCACGGGCGAGGCGCGCUACACGGACGACCAGCCCGCGCCGGCGGAGACGCUCCACGCGUGCCUCGUGUUAGCCGGCAAGGUCGGCGCGAUCCGCGGUGUGGAUAUGGUCAAGGCGAGGGUCAUGCCGGGCGUCGUCGGCGUCUUCUCCGCCGCGGACCUGCCGAAGUGCGCCGGCGCCAACGACCUCGGCGCCAUCGUCCACGACGAGGAGUGCUUCGCGACGGAGUUCGCGCCCUACCCGGGCCAGGUCGUCGCCAUCGCCGUCGCGAAGACCUACGUGCAGGCGAAGGCGGCCGCGGCGGCCGUCAAGGUCGACGUCGCCGCGCCCGAGAAGCCGCCGCCCGUGUCCAUCGAGCAGGCCAUCGCCGCGGGCAGCUACUACGAGAUGACGCGCCACUUCGUCGCGAGCGCGGGCUGGGACGGCGACGCGUUCCUCGACGAGCCGGCGGACGGCGUCGUCGUCGUCGAGGGCGAGGUCCGCGUGGGCGCGCAGGAGCACUUCUACCUCGAGUGCAACACGACGCUCGUCGACCCGACGGACGACGGCGGCCUCAAGGUGCUCACGUCGACGCAGGCCGUCGCCAAGACCCAGGCGUGCGUCGCGCGCGUCUGCGGGUUGCCGAUGCACCGCGUCGUCGCGACGUGCAAGCGCAUGGGCGGCGGCUUCGGCGGCAAGGAGACGCGGUCCGUCUUCGCGUCCUGCGCCUGCGCCCUCGCCGCGAAGCUCCUCCAGAAGCCCGUGCGCCUCAGCCUCGAGAGAGACGCGGACAUGCGGACGACGGGCAUGCGCCACGCGUUCCUGGGCCGCUACCGCGCGGCCGUCGACGCGAAGACGCUCAAGUUCGUCGGGCUCGACGUGCAGCUCUACAGCAACGGCGGCGCGUCGCUGGACCUGUCGGGCCCCGUCCUCGACCGCGCGCUGCUCCACGUCGACAACGUCUACGCCUGGACGCGGCUCCGCGCGCGCGGCGUCGUCUGCAAGACGGCCCUGCCGCCGUCGACGGCCUUCCGCGGCUUCGGCGGGCCCCAGGGCAUGGUCGUCACGGAGCACGUCGUCGAGCACCUCGCCCACGCGCUCGGCCACGGCGACCACGGCGACGCUUUACGGGCGGCGAACACGUACGGCGAGGGCGACGUCACGCACUACGCGCAGCCCAUCGCGUCCUGCGCCUGGCGCGUGCCGCGCUGCGUCGCGCGCGUCAAGGAGACGAGCGGUUACGACGACCGCGUCGCGGCCGUCGCGGCCUUCAACGACGCGCACGCGCACCGGAAGCGCAGCCUCGCGCUCGUGCCCACCAAGUUCGGCAUCAACUUCACGGCGAAGCUGCUGAACCAGGGCGGGUCGCUCGUGCACCUCUACACGGACGGGACGCUGCUCGUGUCCCACGGCGGCACGGAGAUGGGCCAGGGCCUCCACACGAAGGUCUGCCAGGUCGUCGCGCAGGCGUUCGGCGUCGCGAUCGACCGCGUGCACGUCGAGGACACGGCGUCGGACAAGGUCGCCAACUCCGCGGCGACGGCGGCGUCCAUGUCGACGGAUCUGUACGGCAUGGCGGCCCUCGACGCGUGCCACCAGAUCCUCGCGCGGCUGCGGCCCGUCUACGACCGGCGCCGCGCCGCGGGCGACUCGCUGGAGCUCGCGGCGGUGGCCGGCGACGCCUUCUUCAACCGCAUCGACCUGAGCGCCCACGGCUUCUACGCCGUGGACGGCGCCCGCUGCGGCUACGACUGGGAUCGGCCGAACGGCGACAGGGGCAUGCCGUUCAACUACUGGACGCAGGGCGCGGCCGUCGCCGAGGUCGAGCUCGACUGCCUCACGGGCGACUUCGAGGUGCGGCGCGCGGACGUGCUCGUGGACCUGGGCUGCUCCAUCAACCCCGCGCUCGACGUCGGCCAGAUCGAGGGCGCGUUCGUCCAGGGCGCGGGCUGGUUGACGACGGAGGAGCUCAUCGUCUCCGAGGCGGGCCACGGCGAGGACGCGAACCACGCCUGGUUCGGCGCGCCGCCGGGGACGCUGCUGACCAACGGCCCGGGCAACUACAAGCUCCCGUCCUUCAACGACGCGCCGCGCGACUUCCGCGUCGAGCUCCUCGACCGCGCGGACAACGUGCACUGCGUCCACUCGUCCAAGGCCGUCGGCGAGCCGCCCUUCUUCCUCGGCGCGUCCGUGCUCUUCGCGCUCCAGCACGCGGUCCAGGCCCGGCGCGCGGACCGCGGCGUACCGGGCUACCUCGGCCUCCGCGCGCCCGCGACGCCCGAGAAGCUCCGCAUGCACUGCCGCGACGCCAUCGCCGACGCCGCCGUCGCGCGCCUCGGCCGCGACCCGGCGACGUGGCACGCGAGCGCGUCCUGCUGACGCGCGCGCGCCCCGCGGAUGUACCUAACAACCCUUUUUAUGG